AUGUUUGCGUUACUAUUGCUGUUAUUCUCAAUCGCUCUUGUAGUCGAUGGUGGAGCGGUGGGAGAAUGCCGCUCAGAAUGUGUUGAACAAAAUCGCUAUAAGAUCGUCCGAGUUCAUUUGAAGGAUGAUUUGGUUAUGGUAGGAAUCUGCCGAAACACCACGCUUUCAGACGAUGGCUACAAGUCGAUCGUAGUCCCAAUGAUCUGCAAUCGCCAUCACGGCAUAUGGACCAUAGAUACUGAGUCGACGCUGAUUCAAGUCAACUAUGUUAAUGCUAAUAGUGUCUUCUCCGACAUCUUCAAUAAUGAGCAUCUUUGGAUUCGCAUUCGAUAA